UGUAGGUAGUGGUACAGGCAGCUGUAAAUAAAGUAGAGUAAAGGAAAAGUUGCAUACUUGGUCCUGAGGAAGAUGUGUGCUUUUCAGAAAGCUGGCCCAGUUUAUGUGUAUGCCCCUAAAAAGCUUUCUGAAACUUCUGAAGCCAUUCAACAGAUUACACGUCAUAGUACGGCACUUAUCCACAGGAAGCAACAGCAGUAACCACUGGAGAGAGGCUAUGCUGGAUUCCGUACAGAGGGACAGUUGCUCCCCACUGCCAAAUAUAAAAGAGCCAUCCCUUUAUUAGAGUAUGUCCAAGCCCACUGAUCCUUCAGCUGAAGUUCUGAUGGAAAAAAGAGGAUGUGCUGCUGUUAUAACCAUGAACAGACCAAAGGUUCUCAAUGUAUUGACCCUUUCCAUGAUUCGGCAGAUAUAUCCACAGCUAAAGAAAUGGGAGCAGGAUCCUGAAACGUUUCUAAUAAUAAUAAAGGGAACUGGAGAAAAGUCAUUCUGUGCUGGUGGUGAUAUCAGAGCUAUUACAGAGGCAGGCAAAGCUGGGGAUAGAAUGACACAAGAUUUCUUCAGAGAAGAAUACAUCUUGAACAAUGCUGUUGGUACUUGCCGGAAACCAUAUGUGGCCCUUAUUGAUGGAAUUACAAUGGGAGGGGGUGUUGGUUUAUCUGUUCAUGGCCAUUUCAGAGUUGCUACGGAGAGGACAGUUUUUGCAAUGCCAGAGACAGCAAUAGGUCUCUUCCCUGAUGUUGGUGGUGGCUACUUCUUGCCAAAGCUUUCAGGGAAGAUGGGUUAUUUUCUUGCCCUAACAGGAUUUAGGCUGAAAGGAAGAGAUGUGCACAAAGCUGGAAUUGCUACUCACUUCAUAGAAGCUGAGAAGAUAGCUGCCCUGGAAAAUGAUUUGACGGAAUUAAAGUCCCCCUCAAAGGAAAAUGUUGCAGCUCUUCUGGACUCCUAUCAUAAAAAGUGCAAUCUUGAUCAAGAGAGAGAGUUCAUACUUGGCGAACAUAUGGACAAGAUUAACAGCCUAUUUUCAGCAAACAGCAUGGAAGGAAUCAUGCAAAAUUUGAAGCAGGAUGGCUCUCCAUUUGCACUUCAGCAACUAAAGACAAUUACUAAGAUGUCUCCAACAUCUUUAAAGAUGACUCUCAGGCAGCUCAGAGAAGGAGCUUCCUUGAACCUGCAAGAUGUGCUCACCAUGGAGUACCGACUGAGCCAAGCAUGCAUGAGAGGCCACGAUUUCUACGAAGGUGUCCGAGCAGUGCUUAUUGACAAAGACCAGUCUCCAAAGUGGAAGCCAGCUACCCUAGAAGAAGUAACAGAUGAGUUUUUGGACUCAUGCUUUAAGUCUCUUGGAAGCAGUGACCUCAAGUUACAUUAGAUUUGGACUAUCGCCAGCCUAACUCUGUCUUUAUUUGUUUUGUUUAUGAAUGAAUGCUCAUGAAUUCAGUAAACAAGAGAAGAACCUUCAUUGAGUUGAAAUGCUUAUCACUAUUAUGUAACCAGGAUUUACAUUUUUGGAGACAAAUAUUGGCUUAGUAGGGAAUUGCUGGAGCAGUGCCAUCCAGGGGUUAUUAGAGCUCAAGGAUGGGAAUUGAGUUAUCAUCUGUUUAUUUCAGCAAUUAUACUUCUCCAUAUAAAAUAAAAAUAUUGUUUUAAUAUAAAGAUCCAGGUACUCAUGGAUCAACUAAAGUAAAUGCUGUCUGCAAAGAAAACUUAACCACACUGGAUGGAUGAAGUGCUUUUGGGCAGUGGUGUAAAGGAGUGAUUUAACUGAUAGAAACAACUGUUGACUUCUUCAUUCUGAUUAAUCAGGAGCUGGCUUGCAGGCAAGUGGGUUGUAAAUAUCAGGAGCUGGCUUGCAGGCAAGUGGAUGGUAAAUAUGAGGCCUGUGAAAAUGUGUGAUAGUAUAUUUUAUAAGGCCAUCACUCAAUUACAAUAUUAAUUAAUUGUAUGAUUGAACUAUAUAACUUUGCAUAAUAAAAAUAUAGUCAAAGAAAAAAUGUUA